AUGCUCUCUGCCUUGCUUCCUGCGCAGGCCAUACCAUUUUGGGAACCUGGCGUCCGGCAAUCGACGGACUCCUCGCUCGCCGGUCAACUCAGCUAUCUCAUCGCCAACGUCCCCCGGUACCAGCCACAACUUGCGCACUCCAAGCAUCUCACUACGAUUCAGCCAGGCUAUCCCGGCAACAUCACCCUCGUGCCGGGAACAGACCAGCCCGGCCUUUUCUACAUCUACCGCCACCAAUUGUACAACUACGUGAACGAGACCUUCAUCUACCCCGUCGCCACCGUGAACGCAAGCACCACCAGCCCCGAUGAGCCACUGCAACUCGUCGCGGGCGAGCCAUCGAACGCGGUCUCGGGCGGCCGCUGGCGCUGGGCGGGCACGCGACUCAUGUACGACCUCGGCGAGCGGACGAAUCGAGGGCUGUAUUAUUCGUGCCCGGACGGUAGCGUGUAUAUGAACAUGCAGGAGACCAAGCCACCCCAGGAUUGUUCAGUCUUCUCCCUUCACUAUUCAGUGGAUACGCCUCUGAUGGUACAGAGCUGA